AUGUCCAAGGGACGCCCCGUCGUUACAACGCGCAUGACCCACCAGCUUCACCAGUCCAAGCGUCGCAUCGAGCAAUUGGAGUCCCAGUUUGGGACCUCUAGAGCCCACUCCUACCGCGCCUCACGAUCUGGGAAUCCUCGGAGAGGUCGCGGCGCCAACACAGGGUUUGUCGUACACCAUCGCAAACAAUUUCCUGGGAUUACCAAGGACCAGCUCGAAUCAGAAGAUCUGGCACAUCUGAAGCUGAAGGCUUUCCCAUCGGAGGAGUGCACCAUGUUGGGAAUCGCUAAUAUUAUUCGCUCCAAGAAUUCCGCACCGUUUGAACUAACUCUGGACAUCAUGUUCGACACCAGGGAGGCAUAUGAGCGAGCAAAGAAUGCGAAUAUUUUCACCGACGAGCCUGUCAUAAAACUAUACCAUCUCCUGGCAGAUGGUAUCAUCACGAACACGUUCUUCGAGCCCGUUCUCGCCUGGAAGUAUACACUGAAGCGUCCUUGGGAGCGAAGUACUGUGGGCGAGCGUGAUACUCUGGGAAAACAACAGCACGCGUCCUUGUUAUAUGUCAACGUUCCUGCCAAUUGA